ACAGACUUCUGGGAGAUGUAGUCUACACCACUGUGACCGCAAGGAGUCUUCCGGGAAAUCCCAUUCUGACUUCAGGAAAUGCUGUCCUUCUGGGAUGUGGCCAUUGAUUUCUCUCCAGAAGAGUGGGAGUGGCUGGAGCCUGCUCAGUGGAGUCUGUACAGGGACGUGAUGCUGGAGAAUUACAGCAACCUUGUGUUCCUGGGUCUAACUUUCUCUAAGCCAUUCUUGGUAACAUUCCUGGAGCAAGGACAAGGGCCUUGGGAUAUGCAGAGACAAGCAGCCGCCGCUGUGCACCCAGGAAUAGCACUCAAUGAUCCUAACUGUUACAGCAAGGCCACUAACUGUAAAUCACUCCUUAUUAAACGACGAAGACUUCAUAUAGGGGAGAAACCCUAUAAGUGUGAAGAAUGUGGUAAGGCCCUUGGUUCUCUUAAAACACUUUCUAUACACCAGAGACUUCAUACUGGAGACAAACCCUACAAGUGUAAAGAAUGUCAUAAGGCCUUUAGUACUCGCUCAGCACUUUUUAUACACAUGAAAAAUCAUACUGAUGAAAAAACCCACAAGUGUGAAGAAUGUGGCAGAUUAUUUUACUAUCCUUCAAUGCUGAAACAACAUCAGAGAAUUCAUUCUAGAGUGAAACCCUACAAGUGUCAAGAAUGUGGAAAAGCUUUUACUGAUCCUUCAUUCCUUAAGAAGCAUCAAAAAAUUCAUGUUCGAAAACAUACCUACCAGUUUAAAGAAUGUGUCAAAAGAUUUUCUCCUCCUAUACACCUUCAGGAACAAAUCCAUACUGGACAGAAACCUUUCAAGUGUGGAGAAUGUUUUAAAGCCUUUCAUAAUCACUUAGCCCUUAGGAAACACCAGACAGUUCAUUUUGGAGAGAAACCUUACAAGUGCGAAGAGUGUGGCCGAUGUUAUUCCACAUCUUUCUACCUUAGAAGACAUCAAACAAUCCACUCUAAAUACAAGUCCUACAAGUGUGAACAUUGUGGCAGAUGUUAUUCCUCAACCUCCUGCCUUAAAAGGCAUCAAACAAUUCACUCUGAAGACAACCCCUACAAGUGUGAAGAGUGUGGCAAAUAUUUUUCCUCGUCUACCUGUCUUAGAACUCAUCAAACAGUUCAUUCUGUGGACAACUCCUACAAGUGUGAGGAGUGCGGUAGAUAUUAUUCCUCAUCUCUAUCCCUUACACGACAUCAAAUAAUCCAUUCUGAAGACAAUCCCUAUAAAUGUGAAGAAUGUGGCAAAAGGUUUUCUUGUUCUGCAAGCCUUCAGGAACAUCAAACAAUCCAUACAGGAGAGAAACCAUACGAGUGUGAAAAUUGUCACAAAGCCUUUCGUCAUCACUCAUCCCUCAGGAAACAUAAGACAGUGCACACUGGAGAGAAACCUUACAAGUGUGAAAAGUGUGGCAGAUGUUUUUCCAGACAUUCCUGCCUUAGAAUCCAUCAAGCAAUUCAUUCUGAUGGCAAUCCACACAAGUGUGUGGAAUGUGGUAAAACCUUUGUUAAUGUUUAUCGCCUUACUCGACACAUGAAAGUUCAUACUAGAGAGAAAUCCUACAAAGAUCUUAAAAAGUGUGUCCUUAUUCAGGCCUUAAAAGACAUCAAAUAAUUCAUACUGAAUAAAAUUCUGUGACUGUGUGGAGUGUGGUAAAAAUCUUUCCUAAUCCUCAGACCUUAUCCAACUCAAAGCAAUCCAUAGGGUAGACUAUUAAGUGAAUUAGUUUAGAAUGUCAGCACAAACAUCUGACUUCCACCAGCAAAAAUGCUGAGAAUGUUACCAGAGAACAGUAGAGACUUUGCUUUAACCUCCCAAUCAGGUUCAAUAGUGUGCUUGAAUGUUGCUUGAUUUUAUGAGUUUCUUCUGUACCUAUAGAUAUAAAAGGAAACUGUUACCUUUUCAUAACAUGGGUCUGAGAUCUGGGUCAUGUUAUAGUAACUGUUGUUUUUCUCAGUAGGAUCACCCAAGCUCCUCUAAUAAUGUUUCUCCCGGGCAGGUAAAAAGCUCUAUAAACUUAAAUUUCUCUUGUUUAGUAAAAUGGUCUGUUCUGGUUUUAACCUAGGUCGAAUGGACAUUAGUGUUUCUCCAGGAAAAUCUAACAGAGCACAUUGUCAGUCAUAUUUAGUUCCAGAAUGAAGAAUCUUUAUUUCCUUUAAUUUCAAAA